UUAUCGCCCAACAACCGGGCCACCUGCAACGACACGGUGUGCAAGGCGGCCGGCGACAAAUGCACGAAGGGCACUUUGCGCUUCGGCAGCUGGUUUGUCAUUCCCAACUCGGAGCAUGGAAGUUGGAAAUGGAAACACUGGGGCUGCGUCUCCGGCUUCCAGCUCUGCAACGUCCGCGAUGCAGUUCAGCAGGAGGACGGCACUUUCAACUGGGAUCUGCUCGACGGCUAUGACGAGCUAAAUGAUCACCCCGAACUGCAGGCCAAGAUUCGCCGUUGCGUCGAGCAGGGCCACAUUGACCCUGAGGAUUUCAGGGGCGACCCCAAAUUCAAUGUCCCUGGCUCAAAGGGCAUUCGCGGACGUGCUAAGGUCACCAAGAUGAAGGCUGAAGUCGAGGGUGAUGAUGAUGAGGAGGAGGAGGAGGGAGAGAAACAAAAGCCCAAGGCCAAGGCUGCGGCAUCCAAGAAGGGGGCCAAGGGUGGACGCAAGAAGGCCAGCACUGAAGACGACGACGAGGUACAGGCAGAGGAGGAAACAGAGGCUCCCAAGAAGAAGGGCCGUGGCCGCAAGAAGGCCGAGGUGGACGAAGAGGACGAAGAUUCCGAACCACCCAAGAAGAGGGGUCGUCCCCGCAAGUCCAAUGCUUCUGUUGCAGCUAAAGAAGAACCUGUGGAGGAGCCAGCCAAGCCCGCUACCAAGAAGGGCGCCCGCGCCAGCCAUGGCAAAUCCACAGACACUCCCAUCGAGGGUGAGGCAGAGUCGGAGGAGAAGCCUGUGAAGAAUGGCCGCGGCGGACGUAAGUCCAACGCUUCAGCCGUUGUGAAGGACGAGGAAUCUGACUCGGCCCCUGUUGCUGAGCCGAAGCAGACUGCUAAGCGCAAGCGGGGUGCCACAAAGCAGAUUGAGGCUGAUGAGCAAGACGAUGAUAAGCCGGCUCCGGUCAAAAAGGCACGUGGACGACCGAGAAAGUCCGAUACUGUCGUUGAACCUGUCAAGGAUGAGGAGGCCUCCGAGGCCGAGGACGACACUGAGUCCAAGCCCGAGCCGGCUAAACGUGGCCGCGAGCCCAAGUCUGCGGCUGCCGCACCCAAGAAGACUGCAGCUAAGGGAAAGACUGACGGCAGAAGGCGCUCUGGCCGUGGUCAGAACAGGUGA